AUUCAUUAUUUAUAUUAAUAAACAGUGGUUAUGUGCAAUACUGAUGCGAACAUGUGGGGAUUUUGACCGAUUAACGGGUGGAUGUGUCCAUGUGAUUAACAAAUACAGUCUUAUCACAGAUAGAUAAGAUUAACUCCCGGUUUGUGGAGUGAUCGGAUUAGCCGAACAUCCUUUGUAAAUCGAUCCAAAGAAGGGAAGUAGGAGGCAGCCAUGUCUAGUUUGUUCUCAUGUUUUGGGAAGAAAAGCAAGGUUAAAAGAGGGAAUAAGGAACCCAAAGAUAGAUCGAAAAAUGCAAAACGGAAAGAACAAGUCCCAGUUACCAUUGAGGAUGAAAGAAAACCACCAUUGGAAGAAAGUAUUCCAGAUAAAGCCCAGCUAAAUGGCGAUGUCCAUAAAGAAGAGAAGGAAGAGGCGGAGGUACCACCGCCUGAGGAGCCAAAAAGUCCUUUGAUUCAAGAACUCGAAAUUAAACUCCAGGAUCGGAAGGAUAAAAAUAAAGAGAAUGGGGAUACCAAAACAGAAAUAAAAGAAACUAAAGUUAAUUCACCACAGGAGAAAGAUAAAGAAGCUGAAAAGAAAAUUGAGCAGACACCUCAGAUAACAAUUGUCGCUGUGACAGACAAGGUUGAGAAGAAAGCGCCCAUCGUGGAGACGAAAGUACCCGCCGUGGAAAAAGGUGGAGAGGUCGCAGACAAGGCAGCAGAUGAAGAGAUAGAGAAACUAAAAUCCGAGAUUGCACAGCUCAGAACAGAAAAUAAUAAACUCAAAGAAAAUGUAUCGGAGAAUGAGAAGCUGAAGAAUAAUAUAUCAAAAGAAAAAUCACAAUUGGAAGAGAAAAUCAAAAGUUUGGAAGACUCUUACAAACAACUCCAAGCAAAAGAAAAAGAAACAAACACUGAAUAUGAAGAGUUGAAGAGAUCUGUGUCAAAAGAAGGUGAUAAGUUUAAAGAUGAAGUUGAAGAAAGACUGGGACUUGCUCUCAAAGAGAGACAGAAAAUUUUAGAAUCAUUUGAGGAAAUUAGUAAGUUGUGCUGCAAUCUUGCCCCUAGAAUUGAUAAUAUUGAAUCCAUAAAGGUUACCUCUAAAGAGGAGGAUAUAACUCCGCGGGUAGACAGUUUGGAUAUAUCCCAGAAACUGGUCAGCAAAGACGUAACAACAUUAAGACACCAUAUAGAUGAGCUAGAACUACGAAUAAUUCGUCUGGAAGUUGACAAAGACAACCUGGAAGAUCUUCGUAAUGAAGAAUCCAUUGCUUUGGACAAAACGAAAAAGGAAAACACUAUCUUGUUGAGCAAAAUAAAGAAACUAGAAGUAGAGCUAGAAGGAAAGAAGACAAAUUUAGUCCGAGUGGAAAAGGAGAAGGCUCAAAUGUCAACGCAGCUUUCGUCGCUCAUGACAGAAGUUGAAAGCCUAAAGCGUAAGAUGGACGAAUUGUCCGUAGCUCACGGUGAAAAAGAAGCCGAGUUAGAAAAUUCUUUAAGGAAACAUUCAACUCUGAACGAGGAAAUUAAAGUCCAGGGAAUCAAAAUUCAGACGAUGACGUCAUUGAUCAAAGAAAAGGAAGAGGCGUGUAACAAAGCUGAUAAAAAACUCCGGGAAGCAAAAAAGCUAAACGAGGAACUUAUGAAACGGUUACAUGAGCAAGAAAGUAAAAAACACAAUGGUACCAGCCCAAUGAAAAUGAACGGUGCUUCCUCGCUCCAUCACCAAGCCCCUAUUGCAGACGACAUUGACCGUCUGCGCAUUAUCUCAGAACGGUUCUCUGUUGAACUCUAUGGUGGCCUUUGGCGGGAAGCAUACGAAAAACUUACAACAGUAUUCAAAAGAGAGGAAAAGAAAUCGUUACAAAUACUAAUGGACUUCUGCACGGAAGCGUACCUCCAUUGUCGGAGAACAGCCAGACAACAGUUGGAUUCGGUGUACUCCCUGCUGACCAAUCCCUCCGUCGCACAUGGACGUAACAGCAUCAGCAGACGAUCUCCCUCGUCCAAUUUAUGUAAGAAUAUUAUUAUACAGAAACAGUCGACGCCAGAGAACAUCCCACCAAGUCUUCGUCAGCAGAUUGUCCAGUUCCGGAAAGAUCCAUCCAGAGAUUUUCUAGACAGCUUGUAUGAUGACUUCUUAAGUGUCUUAGAUUUCCAGAAGUCCCGACACCUGAGGAGUUUCCAUAUGAAAGAAGUGAAGGACAUCGCUCCCUACAUUACAAAAUGUCUGGCCAUCAGCUGGGAAAUGGUAGUUCAAGAUCCGCCUAUGUAUUUACAGUUCAAAGUCAGGCACGGGACCCCCGUAGAUCGGGAAAAAUACAACUUUUACACAAUCGAGGGCGAUGUGGUGGACUACUUGGUGUGGCCCGCUGUGCUGAGGGAAGAAAAUGGAGCUGUCCUGCAAAAAGGAAUGGUGCAAGCCAUUUCAUCUAGACCUGGUUAAAAUAUUUCAUGGUUACAAGUGCAAAUCAAAUUUAAUGUAAAUGGGUCCACUUGAAAUACAAUCGACAUUUUUUAGAGAAGAAAUUGUACAUGGUUUUAUCAUGUUUGCUAUGCUCAUAUUGGGUGUGUACAAAUUGGAAUCGUGUUGUGAUUAAUUUAUUUUUAUUCAUAAGCUUUUUGAUUUACAAUGGUUUAUACUAAAACUUUUGUCUCUAUCUUGAGUCCCGAAUACGUUUAUCCCUGUCUAUAUUCAAAGCACUGCCCUGAUGAGUUCACUGCCUACAUCCGGAAGUCGUAUCGCAGAAUUUUUUAUAUAAAGUAGAAUGGAUUUUUUUCUUGCCAAUAUCAACAAUUUAUUGCUUUAAAUUGAACGAUUGGACUUGUUUUGCUUUUUGUGUUGUGUUCAUUGACUAGUCUACUAACUUGCUCUAGACACGAAAUUUAUGUACACGGUUUUGGGGAAUGGUAUUUGUUAACAGGGAAAGGUGUUAAUUGAUGCUCAUGAUUGCAUAAUCUAGUCAACGGACUGGUUGUCGGUUGUCAUGACUUAUAGUAUUACAAAUAUUGCAAUACUUCAUUUCAUUGGUGCCAUUUUGGGGUAGAUAUUUUACAAUACAUUAGACACAAUGCUUAUCUAUAAGCACAUUUUUUUAAUUAUCGAUGAAAUCAAAUUUUUAUGAAUACUUUUUAUAAUGGCAGUUUUAACUGCAAUUUUUAAACUAUGAUUUUAAGGAAUGCGCAUUUUUGCAACAGAUUUUUCCUGUAGUGAGAGACACUUUCAUACAUGCUGCGGACAUCAAUUUUUGCUUGGCAUUUGACCUCGUCAUUUGUAAUUUAAGGUUGUUUAUGAUAACAUGUACAUUUGUUGUGUCUUUUUUGUUGUUGAGAAUAAAAAUGAUAAACGUUA